UAUUAUUACGUAUGAAUCAUCUUUAAUUGUUCUAUCACAAUGCUUUCAUUGUUUUGUUUCAUUGUUCACAAUGCAGCGCGUAAUAAUUAUUAUUAUUGUUGUUAUUUUGUCGAAAUUACAUUUUGUAGAAAAUGUUGCUCAGACUUGCCCCGCCCCCCCAGCUAUUAAGGCGCCAUCAUUACCCCAGGAUACCCAGGUUUACCCCAUAAACUCAACGUACACAUAUACUUGCAACAAUUCUAACUUGGUGGGGAACGCUAUCAACAUCUGUACAUUGGGUGGGUGGGCUUACCCAGCUCCACAGUGCCUACAAGUUUGUUACGCACCUCCUGUUGCUACCAAUGGAAGUUAUUCGUUGUUGUCGUCGUAUUAUGUUGUUGGUGGUUCUGUAACUUACACUUGCAAUGCUGGGUUCCUAUUGGUCGGUUCAAUCAGAAACACUUGUUUGAAUAAUUUAACUUGGUCCUCUGCUGCCCCCGAGUGCCAACCAGUGUGCGGAACAGCCCCCUCCCCUAAAACGAACGGCAUCGCACCAACCUACAGCAAGGCAUCUGUUAUAGUGGGUGGGGUUACAUCGUAUGUGAAAGGAACUUCCGCCACUUACACAUGCAAUGCUAGGUAUGGUGUUCCCACGUAUGCAACUGCUGUGUUACUGUGUCUUGGGGGAAACUGGAACGGAUUGAGUCCUAUUUGUAAACCAAAUUGCUUGCAACCCCCCAACCCCCAACCAAACAGCUCAGGGCCGAGAGUCGAUGGUGGAAAUGGAUUCCCGGAAGGCUCAGUUGCUGUGUACGGUUGUAAUGCAGGAUUUGCAUUCAAUGGUUCAUCUACCCUCACAUGCGGGAGCCGUACACCAGGUGUUUGGGGGACUGGUGUCGCACCAUCAUGCGUACGAGCCUGCCCCUCACCACCCAUGGCUGCCAAUGGAAGUUAUUCGUUGUUGUCAUCGUAUUAUGUGGUUGGUGGUUCUGUAACUUACACCUGCAAUGCUGGGUUCCUAUUGGUCGGUUUAAACAGAAACAUUUGUUUGAAAAAUUUGACUUGGUCCUCUGCUGCCCCCGAGUGCCAACCAGUUUGCUAUUCCCCCCCACCCAUCAAUGGAGAGGGCAACAUUACACCUGGGAAGAGGUAUUACAACAUAAACGACACUGUUUCGUAUACAUGCGUUCACGGCAAUUUGUUCGGGAAUUCGUCGAACCAGUGCGUUAGCGCCAACAAGUGGAGGAAUGCAGCUCCGACAUGUUGGCUAAUGUGCUUGCUCCCCCCUGUGGUAGCGAACGGAUUGUACGCUUCAUCGAACACAAAGUACACGGUCAACUCAACCGUGACGUAUUCCUGCAUGAGCGGACACACCUUAGUGGGCGUGGCCGGGGUAACCUGUCAAUCAAACUUCACAUGGGGAAAACCCCCUGUGUGCUUUAAAGGUUGUGGCGUACCACCUCCCUUCAGCAAUGGAAUAUACGUUGCGCGCAAUUAUCCAACUGCAAACAAAGUGAGUGCGGUUGGGAAAGUUCUGUUUCACUUUUGCAUCCCUGGGUUUAGUCUGUCGGGCUCUAAGACUUCCACAUGUCUUGAAUCUGGUCAGUGGGGCGUGACUGGCGAAUCUCCAAUAUGUGGCAUUGUUAAUUGUUCAUCUUCUCCGUGUUAUAACAAUGGUGGCUGUCAUGAUCAGAUCACAUCACCUGAUCAAUUGAGUUUCAACUUUAAUUCAAUUCAAUCUCCGUUUUCUACAUAUUAUUGCAAAUGUGGGAGUGAAUUUGUUGGGUUUAGAUGUCAAACAACAUUGGACAAAGCAAUAUACUUCGCGGUUAGAUACAAUAUGCCGUACCUUCCUAAAUACACCAACACAUCAUCGCUUGCGUUCAACCAAUUAGCAACCUUAUUCAACAUCAACUUCAUGGUCGGCUUCUCAUCUGCGGGGCUGGGCGUGGAUGUUAUUGUUACCAAGAUCACACCAGGAUCAACUGUUAUUCAUUUCUAUGUUGUCCCUUCAACCCCUGAGGAAACCCUCAUUCUGGCGAAGGUGUUGGCUGGGUUUGAGUUAUCUCGCUCUCUUGCUUGGAUAACCAACGCUACAGGAGAAGCAGUUUGCGCCCCCCCACCCACCAUCGUCAUUGGCAACGGAACAAUCACUCCAAUAAAGGAUUAUUACAUCAUACACGAGACAGUGACGUACCAUUGUGUGGUCGGUAGAUUGGUCGGCAACACAACCAACCAGUGCUCUGCUGCCUCCCAGUGGAUGAACCAACCUCCAAAGUGUUUACAAGAUUACUGUGAUGUAACAAUCCACAACAACUUGACCUUUCCACGAACUUCGUUGAACAAUUUCGCAAAAUCUGUUGAGAAAUGUCCGAACGGCAUACCACGUGCGACCAUGCGUUGCAACACCAUUGUUCCAGGUUCCGGAUAUUUCAACACAAACACUUUCACCAUUGUUAGUUGUGACAUCACAGUUGGUGCCAUUGAGUCAAACACAACGUUGACCACACAAAGCAGUGUGGAGCAAACGGCCAACAUACUCGAGAUUGUGACGUCAGCGUUUAAUUUGACGAGUCAUGAGAUUACCUCGGUUGCCACGGUGAUUGAUGACAUCACAACAGCCAUUCAAAGAAACAAUUUCUCGGUGAAUAUUCCAUUGUUACAAAACAUUGCGUUGACAAUAAGCCACAUUAGCGCCACCUUGAGGACACAAACCAUCGCAACGAAUUCCUCGUUUGUUCAAAAUUUGGAUUUCUUCGCAAGGAAAGUGGAAACUAAUGGGGCUUCCCCUGUUCAGAUACAAACUAACCAACUACAAAUAGAGGUGGCCGAAUCAUCACGUAACGCACCAGCGCCGACGUGGUUCGCGAGUCAAUUCCCAUCAACGUGGGUAGUUAACAUAUCGCUACCACUAGAGGCGAUACAGAGAGCAUGGAAGAUGAACAUCGGGUCAAAACUACGGACAAUAUUUGUUUGUCAUCGUGACUCAGCAUUAUUUCCAACCAAUAACAAACCUGGGAUGGUGAUGUCAGCGGAUUUUGGGGUCAGAGGUCGAAUCAUGAACCUGAAGAACCCGGUUACGAUCGAGUUUGUUGGGUUGAAUACGACGCAUGGGAGGCGUAAGGAGGGGGGGAAGAAUUACUUUGUCAACCAACGUUGUGUGUUUUGGGAUUUUGGGACAUCUGAUUGGUCAAGUGAAGGUUGUGGACUUGAUGUUACUAAACAACCUCCAACUUGUGAAUGCAGCCACCUCACCAACUUUGCACUGCUUGUUUCAAUCCACCCCCUACCACCAGAUGUCGUAUUGAACGUACUGAGCAAGAUAGGUUCUGCUAUUUCCAUGUUUUGUUUCCUAGCAACAGCGUUGAUCAUUGUUGCAAACAAGGAAGCACGCAAACAAUCUAUCAUGAUUGUCCAUCUACAUAUUUGCAUCAAUCUGUUGGUCGUUUAUUCAUUCUUCUUGUUUGGGGUUAGCGCAACCAAUAAUAACAACUUAUGUACAACAAUAACCAUCAUUCUGCAUCUUGCUUUCCUUACAAGUUUCAUGUGGAUGGCUGUGUACAGCAAUAAGAUGUAUUUCUCAUUGAUUAAGAUAAUGGCCGGGGUCGGCGAGGAUUAUUUGUUGAAAGCCUCGAUCGUCGCUUACGGGGUUCCUGUGUGCAUCGUCGGUCUAAACGCAGGAAUCGCACUCGGACAUCAACAAGGUUCCCAAACAUACAAAUCACCGCAGAUAUGUUGGUUGCAUGGCAAGUCACUUAUAUAUGGAUUCCUAUUACCUGUGGGUUUGGUGUUGGUCAAUAAUCUCAUCGUGUUUGGACUCGUCAUAAGACAAGUCGUGUUUAAAACUACAAAGAUUCGUUCAACGGCAAAGAAACGAACGAAACAACAGAACAUUAUGAUGUCAUGUGCGAUGUCAUUGUUCCUCGGAUUAACCUGGUUGCUUUGUUACUUUAUGUUGUUGUCAAGCAAUGAGGUUUAUCAACGGAUACUAAACUGGCUGUUUGUGGUGUCUACUUCUGUACAGGGCUUGUUGGUGUUUUACUUUGUUUGCAUCAGAAGAAAAGAUAUGUUCAAGUUCUGGUGGAUUCCUUUGACCUCUAUGUGCCGACCGGGGGAAGAUUAUAUGAUAUCUAUGGAGAGUGGUAGCUCGCAAACUAACGAGACAUCGAUGACAAAGAAAUCAGAUGUUUCGCAAUAUCGUGAUUCAGCUAAAAGUUCACCACAAAAUAACACGGCACAAGAUGACACGGCACAAAAUGACACGGCAGAAAUGGUCGAUGACACAUCAUUAUAAACCUGUUGAUAUUUUUGUGUUUUUAUUGUUCAUGUUUUUGUAUUUAUUGUAAAAAUAUAAUCAUGUAUUUGGAAUGUAAAGUCACUAGGGUGGAUACCAUCUAUCUACAUUAAACAAUUGGGAUUUUCCAUUAAAGAAAUUCUCAAUAAUGACAUCAUAAUUGAUUGUGUGUUUGAUUGUUAUUCCAUUGUUUUAUCAUAGAGGACAAUGAAAGUUAGAUUGUAGUUAUGAUGUCAUAAUUAAUUGGUUUAUUACAUCAUAACCUACAACAUGACUCAGCACAGGUUUAUUGUGACAUCAUAAUAUGGUUUGUUACAUAACAACAAGUUUUACUUGCGAUCCGGAAUGUUAUUGUGAUGUAAUAAAAGAUCAGAUUAUUUAAAAAA